AUGAUUGUUAAAGACUUAGUGCAACAAAUGAUCGAUGAAGACGGCGUAAUCUCGGUGGAAAAAUGCGGCAAUAUCAACAUAUACUGGUGUUUCAAGAGCCAAACCCUCCAAACGCUGUAUGACUCGAGCGAGAUGCUGAAGAAAAAGAUCCAAGACACAGAAGGCGAUAUUGCCACUUGCAAACAAGAACUAGAGAAAACGCUGCAACUCGGCAGACGUCAAAAGUUUACCGUCGGCCAAGAAACAUACAUCAGGGACGUUCUCUUAGAACAGCGAAAGAAAACCCUGGAAGAAAUAAAGAAAAACAGCACAAAAUUGCAAAAAAUAGAAAGCAUCAGAUGGGACGCAGCCAAGAUCCAAGAUAAAAAACAAAUGGUUCAACUAAAGAAGGCCCAACUGGAGAAAAUCACUGACAACAUUGAGAUUCUCGUCGACUACCUUUACAAGAAAUUUUUCUUGCAACCGGAACAGAUCAGAAAGGAGUUCGAAAUCCCGGAAGAGUUUAAAGAGUUCGCGGAUGUAUAG